UUUUGAUAUCUGGAGACUCUACUAAAAUCAGCGUUCUCUGUUGGGGAGACAUUUUUGGGAGCUACAAGAGAAGAGAGCUGCGAUGGCGUUGUCACAGGCAGCGGGAUUCUUGGUGCUCCUUCUGGUAAUACAGCCCUGUCUGCAGAACCAGACUGUCAGUUCAUCCUUUGAGGAACUGGUGUGUCCUCAAGUGUCACACGUUAAUGCCAGAGAAAAACGAGAGGUGAGUUUGUUUGAUUUCGAAUUACAAGUUGUUAUCAACACCUCUGACCCGGAGAGCCUCCGAGCGCUUGUGAGCAACCUCAGAUCUCCUCCACUGGUCAACACAACGUUUGAAAUUACCAGCAUCGACAUCACAACAGUGUGUUCACCUACCGGAGCUGCAUACCAGUGCAGAUGUGAGGAGAGCUACGCUUGGUCAUCUAACAUCUGCGUUAACCAAAAUGCCUGCGAUGACGUCAUCGGUGGCACGUGUGGAUGCCUUAGCGCCCUUCCAGCUGACGGCCAGUACUGUCAGCGAAACACCAGUGGAGCAGACCCGGUGGACUUUGAUAUAGUCAUCGACUUGCGCUUCCCAGUCGCUAGUGUGACGCCAAAUUUCAUUCAGAUUUUACGGGACAAUCUGACACGUUUGUCAUUCCCCCAAACCAUCACGACAUCUUUAACAGUAAUAGGCUUAAACUUCACCACAGGCUGUUCCCCGGACUCCCUUGGAGGACUGCAGUGUAAGUGCGAGGAGCACUUUGCUUGGUCAUGUGACAGGUGUGACAGCUAUGGUGCGUGCAGUAAUGCGACCGAUCAGACUUGUGGGUGCAUAAAUGGACUUCCCCCAGACGGAGAGUUCUGUCAACCAAUCACAAAUGUCACUCGAUGUUCAACAACGCCGCCGACAACAACGACAACCGCAAAAACACAAGAGGGAUUUACAGAGCGGAACCUCUCAUUCACUAUGGACUUGCCCUUUGACCCUUCGUACAAUGACAAGAACAGCAGUGUCUACAAAAACGUUUUUAAUGCCAUUAAAAGUCAAAGUGAAACGCACAUCUCGACCUUCCAAGCAGUUCAGUCGAUUAACUUCCGGAGCGGUAGCACCAUCUGCAGCUUUACUUUGAAAGCUGCAUCUUUUCAAGAACCGGCCAUAAAUUCUGUACAAGCAGGAAUAUUCACAACGCUGGCAGGAAUCUACCCAAUUGUUUUUGACAGCCCUACGCCCUUACAGUUUGAUCCAGAUCAAGUACUCUUUGGGAGAAAAGUAACAGUGAACUGUCGCCCACCACCAGCAAAUCUUACUUUUAGUACCAAAUGGACUGCAGAGUGGAAACGUGAUAAUGUCAUAAUCCUGGAAGAUGGUCAACACAAGUUCUCCGCUGAUGGCACGACGCUUACUGUGUUAAACUUUUUUAGCACUGACAAUGGAUUUUAUGAAUGUACGUUGAGAGGAGACAAAUCCACCUUCAUCCAGAGAUCCAACGGAGGAUACGAACACCAACCGAGCGCCGUGAUCACAGUGUCACCAGUCAGAAGAACUGUUCCGUGUCAGAGGGAACGAGAAGUACUGCUGAUGUGCUCAGUCAACAGCCCCUACGAGGUUGAGUUUAAAGACAUUCCUACCGGAGGCACAAACCAGAUCACCCAUCGGCUUUCAAUUGAUUGUGAGGAGGGUGAAAAGAUUGUUCUCUGUCAAGUAAAAAACCAUGCAGACUUAGAUAAAACGAUAACACUUUCAUUGACCAAACAGACUUCCUUUCAAUGUGAGCAUGGUGACUUUGGUGUUGGAAAUGAAGGCGACCUGACUGAAGUUCCCUGCAAUGAGGGCGACGUCGGAGAAAAGAUAUUGGUUUGUGGGAAAGAUGGUGUUUGGAGAGUACGGAGAGACAACUGCAUCCUUCAACCACUUCUGGAUCUGCUCAAGCAGGCUAAGCUCUUGGAUAAGAACUCCCUGCCAACAUUCUUGAAAAUACUCAGCGACAUCACUCACAACUUUACUGAGAAAGUGGUUGAAUCUCCUGCAAACAUUAAGGCUGUUGUUGAAAUAUUUGACAUUGUAGCAAACUUGAAUAUCUCAAUAACUAAAACUUCCAUGAGGGAUAUCUUGUUAACCACAGGUGUCCUCACCACAGAUGGGGCAAAGACAUCAUGGGACAUUCUAAACACAGAUAAAAUCACAAACAUCACAGCAGAACCAGUAUCAAGAAGACUCAGUGACAUCAACUCAACUAAAGGCGACAGCUCAACUUUCCUAUUGUCUCUUGAGAAAUUUACUAAACAACUUUCCAAUGAGUCCUUUAACAUCGACACGCCUUUCAUUCUCCUGAACAAAACUACAUUCACUGACAAUUUCAAUGCUGAAUUUAAUUCUUCGGUGGAGAUAAAUUUACUACAGUCGGGCGGAGGAAAGAACUCCCUCACCGUGAUAACAUUUGCGUCCAUGGAUAACGUGCUGUCUGUGAGAGAUGUGAAGAAUUCAACCAUGAACGUUAUCAAUGGUAGAGUCGUGCUUGUUCAGUCAACUGGCGCCAUCAAUAACGUUUCCUUCACUUUUGAUAUUUUGCAUGAAGCUCUCAAGAACCCGAAGUGUGUUUUCUGGAACUUCAGCCUCUUUGAAGGCAUUGGUGGAUGGGGCGGCGAGGGCUGUGAGUUGGUAAACCACCUCAACAGAACCGUCACAUGCAAGUGCAACCACCUGACCUCGUUCUCCAUCCUCAUGUCCCCCUACGCUCCAGACGACGAUACGUUGAGCAUAAUAACCUACGUUGGAGUUGGCAUAUCUAUUUGUUCCUUGGUCAUAUGCCUCAUAAUUGAAGCAGCCAUAUGGAGGAAAAUAAGGAGGAACAAAACGUCAUACCUGCGACAUGUUACCGUUGUUAACAUCGCUGUGUCUCUGCUGAUAGCAGACGUGUGGUUUAUUAUUGGGGUGUUUACUUCAGCAGCGGAUAAAAGAUUUUUACCAGCAUGCACUGCGACUACUUUUUUUAUCCAUUUUUUCUACCUGGCCAUGUUCUUCUGGAUGCUAACCUCGGCUCUGCUGUUGCUUCAUCGCACUGUCAAUGUUUUUGACGUGGGAUUGUCCAAUAAAUCAAUGUUGGCUAUUGGAUUCACUCUAGGGUAUGGGGCGCCUCUGGUCAUUGCAAUCAUAACUAUCGCUGCAACCUUCCCCAAGGUUUACGUUCAAGAAAAUAGCUGUUGGCUAAACUGGAACCAGUCCAAAGCUCUGUUAGCCUUUGUGGUGCCUGCAUUCUUAAUAAUUGUGAUAAAUCUCAUAAUCCUGUUGCUGGUGAUAUAUAAAAUAUUGAGAAGAAGACUAGCUGGCACCGCUGAACAAGCCGCAGAGAGGCACAUUCUGCUGGUUAUUAGCCGCUGUUUGGCUGUCCUCACACCACUUUUCGGACUAACUUGGGGCCUGGGAGUAGGAACAUUAACCAAUCCAGAGAAUAAAGGAAUCCACAUUUCAUUCGCAUUCUUCAAUUCAUUGCAGGGUUUCUUCAUAUUGGUGUUUGGAACGCUGUUGGACAAAAAGGUGCAGUCAGAACUGGCACAAAUGGCACAAAGUCACAGAAGUGGCAUAAGGAGCACCAUCUCUGAACUCUCAUCAGGUGGAUUGGGCUUCUGGCCGAACUGGAGAAGAGGUGUUUACCAUGUGUCAUCUGGGGAGCACAGCUCUUCUGACACCUCACGCAACACUUAACGAUAGUUGUUGACAGCGAUGACCAGGAAGGAUGACAACCACCUCAGCAAAGCCAUGUUCGAAGGAAGGGACAUGCUGUAUAUGAAGUGAUCACACCAAUAAGAGGACAACCCAAAAGUGCUCAGCACAUUGUGAUCUAAGGAGAUGCAAAAUGGCUCUGUUUUGGUUUACUUUGCCAAUCAAAUCAGUUAGUCAAGGCAAGGCCGUCGACACAGAUCAUUGGAUUUGUUUGUUCAAGGUGUGGCAUCACAAUGACAAAUUGACCCAGAGCAGACAAUCAGUCAAAUACGAUUCCAAACAGGUAAUGGGAGUACCAAAACAUAUCUCCCAAAAAAUUCAACCACUGCUGCUAUUUCAGCACACUUUCCACUCUUCUUCACUCAGAUCUCGACAAUGUUCUGUAAAUGGACAAAGUCCAAAAGGUGCAGGACAAGAAAAACGCCUUUUCACUUUGGAGUCCAAAACAAAGCAGCGUAGUGAAA